AUUUUUUUUUUGCUAUUUAGAAAUUCCGAAAUUUAGUGAUAUUUUUUGCAUUAAAAAAUUCCUUUAGAUUCGAAUCGCGGUUUUCAAGAUGAUGUCAUUCAAUAAGUUUAUGCAGACAUUCAUUGGACUGCGCCACGCCUACAUUGCCGCCUCUCGUGUCGCCAUUCGAACAUUCAGCGAGCGCGACGAGGAAAAUUCCUCGGUCCGAAGUAAAAAAUCGGCCUCGGCCCAGUUGGCCCAGAGCGUGGACUGUGAUACCAGACUGGAGUCACCGGAGCCCGUACAGCGUAUGGUUGAGCUGGACAAUGUGCGUUCCCGUAUCAAUGAACUGGAUCAGCGUAAGCUGCGGCAUCAGGAAUACGCCGAGAUGUUAAAGGAACUGAUCAUAAAGCCAACCGAUGCUACAAUGGAACGUCUGCCCUUUAAGCAGCCCAAUUCCUCAUCUAAUAUGCGACAAUCCAUUCGAAAGUGCUCCAGCGUGGAGGAGGUGCUUCAGCUAACUGAUAAUCCCGAACAAUUGGCCAACGAGGUGGUCAAACUGUCUUGGGAACUGGCCACUGAAAAGCGCAAAAACGAUGUUGUGCUGGAGAGCUAUUUGGAGCUCAAACAGGAGAUGAUGAACGCCAAAGAGUAGGACAAUUAAAGGUUGACCUACUACAGCAUUAAUCAACUAUCAAUAACUCAUGUCUGCGCUAAAAGAUGGCAAGCGAUUUAAAUCGAUUUGAUCUAAUUUUGAGGGAAUUAAAAUGCAUAUAAAUUAUAUUCAUGCAAUACGUAAUAAAGGUUCUUAGCUGACAAUGUGGCAACGCUGCCAGCCUGCCGAGAAACGAACGAAA